AUGGAUUGUGCACAGAUGAUUCUCUCCCUGCUCUUCGUGCUCUGGCCAGGAGCCCAGGAAACAGCCUUAGGUGCUGAACUGAGCGCUGCUGCGGCCGCUUCUGUCGCCGAGGUUCGUCCUUCUAGCGCCACCUGGCCGCUGCGCAGGUCUAAGCGCUGCUCCUGCUCCUCCUUGAUGGACAAGGAGUGUGUCUACUUCUGCCACCUCGAUAUCAUCUGGAUCAACACCCCGGAGCGGACUGUGCCGUAUGGGCUUGGUGGCCCUUCUCGAUCAAGGCGGUCUCUGGAAGAUACAACCCCUCGGAAGCAACCAGAAUCUAGCAAGAGAUGCCGAUGUGCCAACCAAAAAGACAAGAGGUGUCUGAACUUCUGCCAAACAGGAAAAGAACUCUGGGCUCAGUCCACAAUGGAGAAGGGCUGGGAUCAUCUUAACAAAGCUGAAGAUUGCCUGGGACUUGGACUGAAGUGUGUGCACAGGCAACUACUUAACAGCAGGAAAAUGAGAAGACUAGAAGCCAUUGGUAACAGUAUCAAAGCUUCCUUCAGUAUCGCAAAGUUAAAGGCUGCACUGCAUGAAGUGAAGAGGCUGAAGCAUAACAGAACACAUAAAAGGCAAAGCAUCUGGAAAAGUCUGAAAACAACUUCUUAGUGUGGAGAUCACCAACCCUAACCCUCCUCCAUCAACAAUAACUGAUAGAGCAUUGCCGAAGCUCCGUUUUGACUUUCACAUUCCACAUGGCAAAGGCAUGUUGUUCUAAAUAUUAAGCCACCCUCUAACCUCCACCCCAAAGAUAGCUAGAAGAGAACCUAAAGAAAUCUUAUAUUUGGACAAGGUAAAAGCAAUAACGACCUAACAGGUCAUCCUUCUGGAAUCCAAUUGGAUGUGUUACAUUAACAAACGCUUAUUGACAGCCGUCUGUCAGAAGAAAGGGAACGUUUGAAUGUUGCUUCUGAAAAGAAGGUGUAAAAUGGAGUGUUGUUGAUCAGUUUGGCAGAUUUCAGGGAGAAAAAAAAAGACUAAUGCCAAAAGAUGUUGCAAGGAAUACCUGAUACAGAAACUCCUAAAAAGAAGAGAAAUCAAGAUUUGAAAGGAGAGACUAUUUUUUUUACUUAUAAAUUAAAAUGGAAAGUGAACGACAUUGUGCUACUUUAAUCAGCAGUCAUUGCAUAGAUACAAGUCUACCUCACAUACUGUAUGUUGCACUCCUGCAAAAGUAUUUUUUACAAAGUAUUGCCUUUACUUAUCAGCCACAACCCUUUGCCUUUUUCAGCAGUCUGGUUUACUAGAACAACCACAGUUAUCUGAACGGCAGGGCAGACGUUGUGUUUAUUUGGCUAACCAAGGUUUUGGAUAAAGAAAGGAAUUUUCAACAUAAAUAAUAGACAACAGGGGACAUGAUCUUGUUUAACAUAAUAGGGAGAUUUGGACAACUGAAAGUCUAAUAAUAGGGUUUGUACUGUAUUGCAGGUUGCCAAUAAUCCACUGACCCUGAUGUGUAACAGAAAGUGUUGCUAGAUUAAGGAUUUCUUCAGUGUCUUGUGUGAUGUAAAUGUGUGGAGACAGAGGUUGUUUAAAAUGAAACCAAAAGGCUAAUAUCGGGUGACUGUUUAUAGCAGUGAAUUUACUCACAUUAUUGAAUUUGCUGACUGAGGGCUGAUGGAAUUUUAUGA